UCCGCAUGGUCUCGGGGUUGUAGCGGGAUAAAUUUCCUUUCUACACACUUAAAUUAGGCCAAACUUACGCCGACCAUAGAGUGAGUAUAAGAGCCAAGUUAUCACUGAUGCUUAACUAUUUAUAAAGACGUUCACCCGUUGUCAGCAUACUUGAUCUUGAUGAAGUAAACACAAUUCUAAUGUCUGCUGAUAUGUCUGUUCCGAGGGUAAUGCAAUAUAAGAUCAAAGGAACAUUGCUGUUAUCUCCCAACUAGCAAUGGUCAUAAUGGUGGCCCUCGCCCUCACGACACUGGCCAGUGUCCACGCAACUUCUCCCAAUGUUCGGGUCAAGAGAAGGCCUGUAGAUCAACCACAUGAAGGAAUGUGCUCCAACUUCUGGUGGGGUGGAAUUUCUAAAGUUCACUUUUACACCUGCUGUAACAACCUGGAUGAAGGUCCUAAUCCCUAUUGCGAUGGUCGCACCUAUCACAGAGCAUCUAAUGGAUCCUACUGUAAACCUGGUGGGUUUGACGGCGGGAACGGUGAACAACAUGAAUCUUACCGUUGUGGAGGAUGUGAUGGACAGGCCCGGGUAGCUGAGAAAUGCGAGCCAUGGCCUUCACUGGAUGUUGUAGGAACAUGCUGGGUAUUCACUAAGUGCUUCACAGACUUCUGCGAAAAGCGGUACCGAGUGAAUGGGUUAAACCUUGCAGUAAGGGAUAGGCCAGGAAUGCCAGACACCUGCUACAACGGAAAGUGUGAUGUCGGAGAAACUACAGACAACUGCCCAGUCGACUGCUGCUACACGAAAAACAAACAGUGUACCUGGGGUAACAAAUGUACGCAGCUAUUUUGUGCCACCCCGUCUUGUGGGGUGGGGUGGAGUGGAGGUGAUGGUGUGUUUACAGCUGGGACAUAUGGCAUCAAGAUCCUGGCUGCCGCUGUGCUAGUGCUGGGUGUCUCCAUUGUUUAUUUUUUCAGAAGGAAGAGGCAAUACAAGCGGGCACAGUCACACAAUGUUUAAAACAGAUUUUCUCUUGAUGAAUGUUUGAUAAAUGUACGUUAAUAGAUUUUUAACAAUUUGUAAAUAUGUUGCUUUCAACAAUAACUUAAUAUUCACAACGAUCGCUUCGGUAACAUGAAGUGAUAUGUAACAUUCUUAGUAUUUUCUUCUUUGAGAAAUAUUUUAGAAGUUGUGAAGAUGAAGGAAAACUUCUUUGGACAGUCAACCUCUGUGUUUCGGUGUAGUUACUAACACCGUUAUUAAGGAAGUGAUAAAAAGAGUUGAAAGAAGGAGAAUAUAUACAUAGCUGCAUUGUGAGUAUAUACAAUUGACAAGGUAGAUGUCCAUUGUGAGUAUAUACAAUUGACAAGGUAGAUGUACAUUGUGAGUAUAUACAAUUGACAAGGUAGAUGUAGCAUUGUGAGUAUAUACAGUUGACAAGGUAGAUGUACAUUGUGAGUAUACAUAAUUGACAAGGUAGAUGUACAUUGUGAGUAUAUACAGUUGACAAGGUAGAUGUACAUUGUGAGUAUAUGCAAUUGACAAAGUAGAUGUACAUUGUGAGUAUAUACAGUUGACAAGGUAGAUGUACAUUGUGAGUAUACAUAAUUGACAAGGUAGAUGUACAUUGUGAGUAUAUACAGUUGACAAGGUAGAUGUACAUUGUGAGUAUAUACAAUUGACAAAGUAGAUGUACAUUGUGAGUAUAUACAGUUGACAAGGUAGAUGUACAUUGUGAGUAUAUAAAAUUGACAAGGUAGAUGUACAUUGGACAUCUAAUUAAUGAUUUGGGCAGAGUAGGUUGAAGUACACUGUGAUUGGUUGUGAUUAGAGGUUGAGUUUAUACAA